GAAGAGGCCAAGAAGUAUAAGGAGGCGGCCUGUAGUCUACCAAAGAAGGGACAGAACAGGGAAUCACUCUGUUUAAGUCUAUUGGAAAAAUUCAAAACACGUCUCUUGACUACGAAAGAGAGGACAGAGUCGGAGGAAAGUGAGGUGAAAGACGACGCCGAUUGGCUCUCACAUCGACUCACGUGUCAGAAAGACGAGAAUAAGUUGGCGAAAGACGCGAACCUGAGGAAUGAGGAGGACUGGUAUGAUAUCUACGAUCCCAGAAAUCCCAUUAAUAAGAGGCGACGCGAAGAGGGUCUGGAAAAGGGCGCGAAGAAACCGCGCGUCAAAUGAUUGACCCAUUUUUCAACGAGUGAUUGACAGCAAACAUAAACAUCCAAUCGAUUGCAUUAUAAAUAAUUUCAUAGAAACCAUACGUUAUAUUGUUUUUAUAAGAUUUAUUUCGACGCCUAUUAUAUUCUGACGAUUUUAGGGCUUAUUUAUCACUUUUUUCAAAGACAACAGAAUAUAAAUAAAAUAAUACUUUUACUCUUUAAA